ACGCUCCCGCUUUGCGGGCUUGUGGCCGGGUCCAAAAUGUCUCCGGGUCGCCGCCUGCACCGGCCGCUGAGCGACGAGCAGAAGGCCGACCAGAACCUGCAGUUUAUGUUGAGCUUGUACCGCAGCGCGGCGGGACCGGGCGGUCGACCCAAACAACACCGCAAGUUCGGAUCCAACACAUUGCGCCUGCUCAGACCCUCCGUGUCGUCGGUGCACUACCUGCCGGCGUCCAGAGACCACCGCUACACCUUCAGCGUCCGGUACCACCUGGACGUGCUUCCUUCGGAGCAGCUGAUCCGAGCGUCCUUCGUGCACCUGCGAGCUUCGUCCUCCGCCGGCCUCCCGCCGCCCCGCUGCCGCGCCCGCGUCACGUGGCCGGGCGAGGAGAGCCUGGUCACCACCAUGGAGCCCCACCAGCGGUGGACGGAGGCGGACGUCGGCGCUCGGGUCCUCCGAGAUGGGGGUCGACUCCUGACCCUCACCGCCCAGUACUUGUGCACGGAGCAGGGGCGCGCCGAAGGGGGCGAAAGCCCGUUUCGCUGGUGGGGGAACAAACUGCGAGGGGAGCCCCACCUGGAAGCCCCUUCGCUGCUUUUGUACCUGGAGGAGGAGCGGGACGGGAUGGACUGGAUGAUGGGGCAGCUGUCGGGGGCCAAAGGGGGAGGAGACCUCAUCAGGCGGUUGAGCCGGUGGCACCCCUUCCUCCGCCGGCGCCGCAGCUCCGAAAGCUCUCCGCCGGACCCCCCGCCCACUCCCGCCCCCGCCUCCGUCAUCGCCGACAUUUCCAACGCGGUGAAACGCAAAAGCGGCACGCCCAAGAACCGCUGCAAGCUGCACUCCUUCCGCCUGUCCUUCGACGAGCUGGACUUGGGUCACUACAUCGCGCCGCCCGUCUACAACCCCCGCUUCUGCCAGGGCGACUGCCCCCGCGUGCUGACCUACGACUACCACUCCCCCAACCACGCCAUCAUCCAGACCAUCAUCAACGAGCUGGGGGUGGGCGACGUCCCGCCCCCCUCCUGCGUGCCCUACAAGUACAUGCCCAUGAGUGUGCUAGUGCUGCACAAGAAGAAGGUGGAGUACAAGGAACUGGAGGACAUGGUGGCCGAGUCGUGCACGUGCCGCUAG